CGGAUCUGGCGUGGCUGUGGUAUAGUCCAGCAGCUGUAGCUUCUGAUUCGACCCCUAGCCUGGGAACCUCCAUAUGUCGAGGGUGCGUCCCUAAAAGGAAAGAUAGUCCUCCCUUUGUUGAAGGCACUGCUAGCCCCCUGCCCUCCUGCCUUGGUUCUGUUUUGGGCUUUCCUUGCUUACUCCCUGCAGUUGGCUUGGGAGUUACCCUGAUUCCAUUUCUGUGGUGUGGACCCCUAUGCAAGGUGAUAUUUCCAAUUUGGCCUGAGACAGUUCUGGUUUAUCCCCAUUGUCCCAGUAUGUGUGUGUGUGUGUACAUACAUACAUACAUAUACAUAUACAUACAUACACACAUACAUAUAUGUGUGUGUAUAUAUAUAUGUGUGUGUGUGUGUGUGUGUAUGCCACAGGUGUGGCAUAUGUGAGUUCCCAGGCUAGGGGUCGAAUCAGAGCUGCAGUUUCCGGCCUAUACCACAGCCACAGCAAUGCCAGAUCUGAGCAGCAUCUGCAACCUACACCACAGCUCAUGGCAAUGCUGGAUCCUUAACCCACUGAGUGGGGCCAGAGAUGGAACCUGCAUCCUCAUGGAUCCUAGCUGGGUUUGUUACCACUGAGCCAAAAUGAGAAUUCCCCAGCAUAAUUAUUAAUAAUAUCUACUUUCACUUUCCAAAGAUCCAUGGUAUGGACAAUUCAACUUGUCUCUGUAAGCUAAAUGCACUUGUAGGCUUGGGAGUGGCAAGUGGCUCAUGUGGAUUUGCACUGGGCUCAGAGGCAUCAGAUCCGCAGUCUAGGAAACCAGAGUUCUUCCAGGUCACUGCCACAUAGUCACUUCCCUUUCUCAUAGGUGGAAGGCUUCAGGUGGCUUUGUCCCCAGAGAGCAGGGGUUCCCUGCUGGCCCUGGCACAGAAAUGAGUCCAAGCUGGUGCUGAGAGCUAUGUCUAGCCAGAUUCAUCCCCAGAAGUGCUAUGGGGAUUUAUAAUCAGAAUUCACAAGAAUUCCCAUCGUGGCUCAGUGGAAAUGAACCCGACUAGCAUCCAUGAAGAUGGAGGUUCAAUCCCUGGCCUCAUUUAGUGGGUUAAGGAUCCAGCAUUGACCUGAGCUGUGGUGUAGGUCACAGACGCAGCUCAAUCCCUCAUUGCUGUGGCUGUGGUUUAGACUGGCAACUGUCGCUCCAAUUCAACCCCUAGCCUGGACCUCCAUAUGCUGCAGGUGCAGCCCUAAAAAGACAAAAAAAGAAAAGAAAGAAUUCACAGCCAUGAUCCAGAGCUCAACCCAGCUCCUCAGCACGGCCCUUGGCUCCUGGGAACCUAACCGAUGAAAUGCGUGACCAGAGUUAUGCCUGAGGUGCCCUUGGACCCCAUCUCCCUCCAUGCUAAUCAGAAUUCUGAGUCCACAUGGGGCCAGUUAGCUAUGGCCAGAUUAAUAGUACUGCAUCAGCCAUUGAACUAUUCUUCUCAUGUUACGCUGAGACAUAGGGCACCAUUUUUUUCUUAACUCAAUGAAUUUUAUUACAUUUAAAGUUGUACAAUGAUCAUCACAACCCAAUAGGGCACUGGUUUUCAACUGGGAUGACCAACUAUACUAGUUUGCCUGGGACUGAGUGGUUUCCUGGGACUGGGGACUUUAAGGGUUUUCUUCUUCUUCUUUUUGGCCGCACCCAAGGCAUAUGAAAUUUCCCAGGGCAGGGACUGAAUCUGAGCUGCAGCUGAGACCUACAACACGCUGCAGUAAUGCCAAUCCACAGCACUGGGCUGGGGAUCAAACCAGAGACUUGAGAUCCUUAACCCACUAUGUCAUAGUAGGAACUCUCUCUGGGGACUUUAAAUUUUAAAACUAGGAAAGUUCCAAGCAACCUGGGAUAAGUUGGCUACACAGUUGUUAAUCCUUGCUGCACAUUAGAUCCAUCCAAGGAGCCUUGUGUAGAGAUUUCAAUUUAAUUGAUCCAGGUGGGGCCCCAAGGUAGGGGUAUUUUUUUCCCCAAGUUGAUUCCAACAAACUACCAGCAUGGAGAACCAUUAGGUUAUAGGUAACAUUGCUAAAAAUCCAUUGAAGGUAAUGAUUUGUUUGAGCAGAAGUGGACACAGGUAUCUCAGAAGGGUGCAUAAUCGAGUGUGUAGUCCUCUCCUUAUCGAGAGGAGUAUCAAAAUGGCACUUGCCUUAUCAUUGCUAUUAUUUUUCCCCACCCCAGGGACUUCUUCGUCAUCAGUGGGGACCAAGCUUUCUCCUUUCCCAGCAUGUUCCAUUACGCCUUCUUUUGAGGUCUCCAGGAUCAUGUGGUACGUCAGCACUCGGGGGAUGGCCCCUCGGGUCGACUUUGAGGGGGCGCUCUUCUCUGGCUAUGCCCCGGACGGGGGCCUCUACAUGCCUGAGGAACUCCCACAGCUGGGCGGGGAGACCUUGCGCCAGUGGAGUGGGCUCUCCUACGCUGGCCUGGUGAAGGCGCUGUGCAGCCUCUUCAUUGGCCCGGAGCUUAUUCCAAAGGAUGACUUAAACGAUCUGAUCGACCGAGCCUUCAGCAGAUUCCGACACAAAGAGGUGGUCCAUCUGUGCAGGUUGAGGAAUGGGCUGAACGUGCUAGAGCUGUGGCAUGGGGUCACAUAUGCCUUUAAGGACCUGUCCCUGUGCUGCACAGCACAGUUUCUACAGUACUUCCUGGAGAAGAGGAAGAAGCACAUCACCGUGGUUGUAGGAACUUCUGGGGACACAGGGAGUGCUGCCAUUGAGAGUGUUCAGGGGGCAAAGAACGUGGACAUCAUUGUUCUGCUGCCCAAGGGUCGCUGCACAAAGAUUCAGGAGCUCCAGAUGACAACAGUGCUGAGAGAGAAUGUCCACGUGUUUGGAGUGGAGGGGAACAGCGAUGAGCUGGACGAGCCGAUCAAGGCCGUGUUUGCCGACGUGGCCUUUGUCAAGAAGCACAAUCUGAUGAGUCUGAAUUCCAUCAACUGGUCCCGGGUCCUCGUGCAAAUGGCCCACCACUUCUUCGCUUAUUUCCAGUGUACGCCAUCCUUAGACACGCACCCCCUACCCGUGGAGGUGGUUGUGCCAACGGGGGGCGGCAACCUCGCAGCCGGGUGCAUUGCUCAGAAGAUGGGCCUGCCCAUCCGCCUAGUCGUGGCAGUGAAUUGCAAUGACAUCAUCCACAGGACUGUUCAGCGGGGAGACUUCUCUCUGUCCGAGACCGUCAAAGCAACCUUGGCAUCAGCUAUGGACAUUCAGGUGCCCUACAAUAUGGAGAGGAUCUUCUGGCUGCUCUCUGGCUCUGACAGCCAGAUGACAAGAGCCCUCAUGGAGCAAUUUGAAAGGACCCAACGUGUCAAUGUCCCCAAGGAACUGCACAGCAAGCUUUCAGAGGCAGUAACGUCUGAGUCCAUGAUGGAUGAGGUCAUCACCCAGACCAUGCUCCGCUGCUGGGAAGAGAACCAGUACUUGCUGUGCCCUCACUCUGCCGUGGCCGUGAGCUACCACUUCCAGCAGACGGACCGGCAGCAACCCAGCCCUCCUCGGUGCUGUCUGGCUCCUGCCUCUGCGGCCAAGUUCCCGGAGGCCGUGCUGGCUGCGGGGCUGACCCCGGACACCCCCGCUGAUAUCCUUGCCCUGGAGCGCAAGGAGGCACGCUGUACCCCAAUGCGGAAGGGCGACGACUGGACGCAGAUGCUUCGGGACACCAUUGAGAACCUGAGCCGGCAGUGGCAGGGGCACUUCCAGAACACCCCGGAAUAAAUAGGCAGAAGCUGACUUCCUUUAGGCUUUGGACCCCCCAGGAGGUAGCCCUUCUUAUGUGCCUUGUGCACCUGCUUUCGGUUAAGAGCUGGUGCAGGAGGUUCUCAGGGGGCUACUCAGCGGGGUCUGGAGCCAGUGGGCUGUGCUGUUCCCUGGCUGCUGUGUGCUUUCACCGGGGUCCUGUUGUGCCUGGUCCUGGGAUAGGCUGGAGGGGUGUGGGUGAUGGCUAGAGCUGCACUCCCACUGCAGGACCGUCCAGGAGCAUCAUGGCCACAUGGAAAGGUGAGGGCCUGCAAAUGCAAAGUCUUGGGCUCAGGGUCAACCUCAGCUCCAGGAUUUUGGCCCCCAGACCCUAAACCUGUGCAGGUGGGGACCACUCACUCCAUUAACACAGGUCUGGGGCUCAUCUGGGGCACACUGUCUCUGAGCCUUAGUUUAUCUGAUCCCCAAGCCAGAUGCAGAGAUCCUGGCCUUCCUUGUCAGAAGCUUCUACCCUAUUAAGAUGUUGGGAAUCCCUGCAAUAAAAGUUCAUGUUCCGUGUGAUGGUGA